GAAAGGGGAGGGGGAGAAAGAGUGAAUCUGCUUUGGAUUUAAUGAAAUCUCAGUUCACUGUGGAAUAAGUGUGGUUUUUGUUUACUGCAAUGUAUUGAUUUCACACCUCAUUUUUCCUAUUAGAGGAUGUUGUGGCAGCUAUAUUUAUCACUUGGUGGCUGUGUACUUGGACAUGACCAGCCUGCUGCCCUCCAGAUGUAGUGGAUUGAAGUGUCAGCAGAGUUUCAAUCAAUAACAGCUGGGGGUUGCAUUUAGAGAACCCCAAGGCACUAUGAGUACUGGAGAAGACUCCUAUGACUCCAUGUGAUGGCACACAGUGUGAGUAUUGUACAGGACUGGGGAACAAAGGUGAUGGGGAGGGACACUGACUGUAAGUUCUGCAGUGCAGGGGUUCCAUUACAUGCAAUAACCAGAGCACAGAAAGGCUGCAGGGGUAACCCAGAAAUGAAUUCUUAACUGCCUGUUCCUUAUUAUUUCUACAUGGGGGAGGGGUGAGUAAAUGACUGCAAACCUGGCAGAUAUUUUUUUGGGGGAGGGGGAGGCAAUGUCCCGAUUUCAAGUUUUUCUUCUGCAAUUUGUAGCUUCUUUGUUAUGGCACGUUCUGGAAAAAAAGGAAAAGAGGAAAAAAAGUGAAUGCGGUGGGAGGAGCUGCCAUGUCUCUAGUCUCCCCCAGCACUUGAGUGACUUCACUGUCCUUUGAUUUGGAGCAGAGCUGAUUGGCUGGGAGCGCUGGAACACACGCAGAGCCCGGAGCUUUGUCUGAGUUGGAGUGAAGUUGUCCAGAUUUUAGGCUGGAGUCAGCAAUCGGGGCUGUUUAGUCUGCGGCAGAGCAGCGAGAGGAAAUACUGCGGAUUCAGCAAGACCCCUGCAAUCCAUGGAUACAAAUGUGCACGUGAACAAACUCCUAAUGUGACUCCAGUGUGUGCGCUCUGAGCUCAUGGCAUUUACUGGCUCCUCGGAUUCUGCUCCCAAUUGCCGACAAACUUUCCCCACUCCGUCGCUAAAUAUUGCACUGAUCGCAUAGAAUAGAUUUGAUUCUGCACUCCCCCCUUUAUCAGAUGCAGGCUGUGCUGGGGCUGCCCAGAGAAGUUGUGGCAUCUGCGCUUUGAUUUGCUUUAUUUGGGGGGAGAUGGAUCACUGCCGCUGCAGCUUCAUGUCAAUGGGCUGUGGGGGGAGCGGUACCGGGAAGCUGGCGCUGGUUUUGGCUCUGCUUCUGUCCCUGUGUCUGCUCGGAACCUGCAAGAAUUUAAAGUACAAGAUCUACGAGGAGCAGAUGGUCGGUACCGUGGUGGCCCGGCUGUCCGAGGAUGUGGCUGAUGUUCUGUCUAAAUUGCCCAACCCAAAUUCGGUUCGGUUCCGAGCCAUGCAACGAGGCAGCUCCCCUCUGCUCUCCGUGCGGGAGGAUAACGGCGAGAUCAGUAUCGGGGCUAAAAUCGACCGGGAACAACUGUGUCAGAAGAACUCCAACUGCUCCAUAGAGUUCGAUGUGAUCACCCUUCCCACGCAGCAUCUACAACUGUUCCACAUCGAGGUGCAAGUGCUGGACAUUAACGACAACGCGCCCCAGUUCUCCAGGGCUGUCAUCCCCAUUGAGAUCUCAGAGAGCGCAGCCGUGGGCACCAGAAUCCACCUGGACAGCGCCUCUGACCCUGAUGUGGGGGACAACUCCCUCUUUACCUAUUCACUAUCCCCCAACUCCUACUUCAGCAUCGAGGUGAAGACCAGGACAGAUGGAGCUAAGUACGCGGAACUGGUGGUGAUCCGGGAUCUGGACAGGGAACUGCAGUCCGGUUAUGAGCUGCAGCUGACAGCCUAUGAUAACGGGGUGCCUCAGAGGUACGGCUCAUCACUGCUCAAAAUCAGCAUCUCCGACUCCAAUGAUAACAGCCCGGUGUUUGAGAAACCCUCCCACAUCGUCCAGUUACCCGAGAAUUCACCCGUGGGAACCCUACUCAUCGACCUCAAUGCCACCGACCCAGACGAGGGCGCUAAUGGGAAAGUGGUCUAUUCUUUCAGCAGCCACGUGUCCCCCAAAAUCACUGAAACUUUCAAGAUCGACCCUGAAAGCGGCCAACUGACUCUCAUCAAGCCGGUGGACUAUGAAACGACCAAAUCGUACGAAAUCGAUGUGCAGGCCCAGGACAUGGGUCCCAACUCUAUCCCAGCCCACUGCAAAAUUAUCAUCAAUGUAGUCGAUGUGAAUGAUAACAAACCCGAAAUCAACAUUAAUCUGAUGUCCACGGGCAAGGAGAUUGCCUACAUCUCAGAGGGGGCCCCCCUGGACACCUUUGUGGCCUUGGUUAGGGUUCAAGACAAAGAUUCUGGACUCAAUGGGGAGAUAGUGGUCAGGCUUCAUGGCCACGGACAGUUCAAGCUACAAAAGACUUACGAAAAUAAUUAUUUGAUUUUGACCAAUUCAACCCUGGAUCGAGAAAAAAGGUCCGAGUACAGCCUGACAGUCAUAGCAGAGGACAGGGGGGCCCCAAGUCUUUCAACUGUCAAGCAUUUCGCUGUACAAAUAAUUGACGAAAAUGAUAACCCACCCCGCUUCCCAACCUACAGAUAUGAAAUUGUCAUUGUGGAGAACAACUCUCCUGGAGCCCACAUUACUUCUGUUAGGGCCACAGAUCCAGAUCAAGCAGAAAAUGGCCAAGUAACCUACACCAUCCUGGAAAGCUCUGUUCAGGGUAGUUCUAUUACAACCUAUGUUACUAUUGAUCCAUCUAAUGGGGCCUUAUAUGCCCUUAGAGCCUUUGACCAUGAAGAAGUGAACCAAAUAGUGUUUGUAGUGCAGGCAAGGGAUGGUGGAAUCCCCCAACUUGUUACCAAUGCCACUGUGAUACUUACUGUUGUAGAUGAAAACGACAAUGCCCCGGUGAUUGUUGUCCCUGUCCUGAAUAACAGCACAGCCGACAUUACAAUCCCCAGAGAUGCAGAAAUUGGCUAUUUAGUAACCACCAUCAAGGCCACAGAUAGGGACUCAGGAAUGAACUCAGAACUGGACUGCUCUAUUACAGCGGGCAAUGAGCACAAUAUCUUUAUUAUGGACCCCAGAUCGUGUGAGAUAUACACCAACAUGAGCAUGGACAUUUUCCCUAAUCAGUUUCUGGAUCUUCACAUCUCAGUGCAGGACAGGGGAAACCCACCCCGGACUACCAAAGCACAUCUUAGAUUCAACAUCAUGGACCUGAUAGAGAUUGCUGAAGGAACUCAGGAACCCUACGUAAAGCAAAGCUCCAUGGACAUGUCCAUGAUUAUCAUUAUCUCUCUGGGGGCUAUAUGUGCUGUUCUCUUGGUCAUCAUGGUUAUCUUUGCUACUAGAUGCAACCGCGAAAAGAAGGACAAUAGAUCUUACAACUGCAGAGUGGCAGAGUCAACUUAUCAGAACCAUCCUAAAAGACCAUCCAGACAGAUCCACAAAGGGGACAUUGCUUUAGUUCCUACUAUGAAUGGGACACUGCCUAUCAGAUCGCAUCACAGGUCCUCUCCUUCUCCAUCUCCAACUCUAGAACGUGGGCAGAUGAGUAGCAGGCAGAGCCAACACAGUCGCCAGUCACUGAGCAGCUUAAUGACAAUAUCUUCUAAUCAUGUACCAGAAAACUUCUCCCUGGAGUUAACUCAUGCUACCCCAGCUGUGGAGGUAUCCCAGCUACUUUCCAUGCUUCACCAGGGCCAGUACCAGCCAAGGCCAAGCUUUCGAGGAAACAAAUAUUCCAGGAGUUACAGAUAUGCCCUUCAGGACAUGGAUAAAUUUAGCCUGAAAGACAGUGGUCGUGGAGAUAGUGAAGCUGGAGACAGCGAUUAUGAUUUGGGCAGAGAUUCGCCUAUUGACAGACUUCUGGGAGAAGGAUUUAGCGAACUCUUUUUAUUGGAUGGACACAGAAUCCCUUCAGCUAUGAGGCUCUGCACAGAUGAAUGCCGAGUUCUAGGACACUCUGAUCAGUGCUGGAUGCCCCCACUACCCUCUCCAUCAUCUGAUUACAGAAGCAACAUGUUCAUUCCAGGAGAGGAGCUCCAGUCCCAGCAGCAACAGCCGCACAAUCAGCAACUGAUUCAAGCUCAGACCCCUCUGGCUGAAGAUGAUAUGCUUCCCGUUGAGUCCACUGAGAAAAAAAAGAGCUUUUCAACCUUUGGUAAGGAGACUCAGGAAGAAGAGUCGGCAGACGCCUGCACGUCAUCCCUUCUCAGUGAGAUGAGCAGUGUUUUCCAACGUCUGCUGCCUCCAUCUCUGGAUAACUAUACUGAAUGCAAUGAAGUUGACCGCACAAACUCCUUAGAACGUAGGAAAGGACAAGUCCCAGCUAAGGCUGUAAGUUACCCUCAAGGUGUGGCAACAUGGGCAGCGAACACUCAUUUCCAAAACCCCAACAAUGUUGGCACUUCACUAAGUAACCAUUCAGGCGCACAGCCGUCUUCUAAGUGGCUUCCAGCAAUGGAAGAAAUCCCAGAGAAUUAUGAAGAAGAUGAUUUUGACAAUGUACUUAACCAUCUGAACGAUGGGAAACAUGAACUGAUGGACGCUAGUGAACUGGUGGCAGAGAUUAAUAAACUGCUACAAGAUGUAAGGCAAACCUAGGUGUUUACCAGGCUUAAUUUUUUUUUUCCAAUAUUUUUGGGAAUCUGAAACAAACACAAUCUUACUGAGAACUGGUUGCAUUUAUAAAAAAAUGUGUUGGUGCAUGUCAAAUACUGAGAAUCAUCAUUUUCAGAUGUGCACCAAACACGUGUGACUAUCUCUAUCUGUAUUUUAGAAAUACAUUUGUACCUUAUAUUUAUGUGUUAUUUAAAAAGAAAUAAAUUCUAUUUUUGUAUUUCGUACGGCAUGUUUUGCUACGUUGUUAAAACUUUGGACUGUUUGAUAAAAGAUACACUGGUGCCGUGACCAGUAGGACAACUAAAACAUAAAGGAUCUUUUUUUCCUUUUUGGCUUCUUAAAUGAAUAUUUACAGUACCACAAAUGUUGCUCUUUUAUAAAAGAGUAUAAUGUGACAUUUCUAAUCCGUCUCUUGUUAGAACUGAAGCUAUGUUAAAUUGCAUGCAAUGUUUUACAGCACAUUGGAGGGGAAGAAUUUUGCUUUUUCUAUGCGCUGUUCAAGAUGAAUUUACUCAAAUGUGCCUAUGCAGUGGCAAAAAGAUCAGGGAAUUUCCAUUCCAGUAACCUGCAAAAAAAACAGCAUCGGUAAUAUCCAAAGCUCUCAAUCAAAGUCAUAGAAACUUUUGCAUAGGUUGGGCACAAUGGUCCUGCGAUAGAUGGAAGAUGCUGAGAUUUGUAGCUUAGCAACAGUUUGUAUCAUGCAGGCUGCAAAUCCCCACAGUGCACAGACAUGACUCAGUUUAUUUAAUUGCAAUAAGAUAUGAUUGUACAUUUUUACGGUAUAUAAUAUAAUUCACAAUUAAAUACACAUGAAAACCAUUCCUCUCCCUCCCUCCCUCCCUCCCUCCCUCCCUCCCUCCCUCCCUCCCUCCCUCCCUCCCUUCCUUCCUUGCUUCCUUCCUCUGUUCCUUCCUCCCUCCCUCCCUUCCCUCCUUCCUCCCUGCCUUCCUUCCUUCCUUCCUUCGUCCCUCCCCCCCUUGAGAACAGGGUAGCAUUUAGUUCAAGUGGACUGCUGUCAUGAGAUAAGUGAUAGUACAACACACCACAAGGUGCUCAGUUAGGGCAGCUAUAGCUGGAGAUCAUUAUCUCAUGACAUGGACACAGCACUUGGGCUUGUUUACUAACACUGGGUACAUCUGUCCAAUGCAAUAAUUCAUAGAAACCAAUCAGCAAUUAGCCUUGGUGAGUCUACUUCAUGUAAAAUACUGUAAGCAAAUUUCUGAUUGGUUAUUAUGGUUUACUGAACUAGGGUGAAUUGGCCCAGUGUUGGCAAAUUAAUCCCACCUAGUCGCCCAUGACUCUGCUUAAUUAGAAAUAUUUGACAAUUACUCAUAAGUUCAGUUUGUCCUUCAUUUCAAGCUAAGGCCCCAUGUUUAUUAUAGUACUUAUGUAUAAAUUAAAACAGCUGUGUUUUAAGGAGCUAAAUCAGGGAUGCCUAUCCUGUGGCCCCAGAAGUUCAAUUUCUCAGAGUUGAAAUUUCUGGGCUAAAGCACUUUUUGAUUCCUGCAAACAGGCAAUAAAGAUAAGCAGUUAGUUAUAUCACCCUUCACAAGUCUAGCCCACGUUGUAUUUGAAUAUCAUUAUUGGUAUUAUUUCUUAUGAAUGCAAGUUGUGUUAUAUUUGACCUUUCUUUUAAGUGCAAACUGAACAUACAAAUUGUUCCAUAAAGACAAAUACCAUUCAUUUAAUCCUUUUUUUAUACUGAUCAAACACCUGUAGAUAUGACUGCCACUUGUUUCACACCGACAAUAAAGUCUUGGAUGUACCUA